AUGUCAGGCUCAGAACCCUUUCCGCUGCUAAACACGGCCAACGAUCAGCUGCAUCAGCGUCGUCCUGCAGACCAAGCAGAUUCCUACGUCAGCAAUACCACAGCCACCCAAGACACCAUCAACAACGCCCGGAGGCGACGUAAGAGUAGUCUUUUGGGCGGCGAGAUCAGAGGUGACACGGGUGCUCCGGCAUUGGCUUCUAGUCGUGCCAGUCUCGAAGCCUCAGAUAACCACUCCAAUGGUCACUCCGACGGCCGCAAGCGCCUCUCAAAACGACGCCGUGCUCGUGGCCUCAUCGGCCGAGCCAAACAGACCAUGAUCAAGCAUACUUUCGUCCUCCCUGCCGUCCUCCUCGUCUUCUUCCUCGUUGGAUAUGCCAUCAACCCUACCGAGUCCAACCCUAUCCAUCACUUCAUCUUCUUGUCGUACAAGCUUCCUCAAGAUGACCCUAACGAGCCUGCGCAGUACGGAAAGGGACGCUGGGAUAUCGCCUUUGUUGGUUUCUACACAAUUGUCCUCUCCUUCACUCGUGAAUUCAUCAUGCAGGAGCUCCUGUCACCACUGGCCCGCUACUACAAUCUCACCCGUGGUAAGAAGGCCCGUUUUAUGGAGCAGGUCUACACUGCUCUCUACUUCGGCGUCCUUGGUCCCGCCGGUCUCUGGGUCAUGAGCCACACUCCUGUGUGGUACUUCAAUACCCAUGGCAUGUACGAGGGCUUCCCUCACCGAACUCAUCUUGCACCAGUCAAGUUCUACUAUCUGUUCGAGGCCGCGUACUGGGCUCAGCAGGCCAUUGUGCUUCUCCUGGGUAUGGAGAAGCCUCGCAAGGACUUCAAGGAGCUUGUUGGUCACCAUGUUGUCACCCUCGGGCUCAUUGCCCUGAGUUACCGGUUCCACUUCACCUACAUUGGUCUGGCAGUCUACGUCACCCACGAUAUCAGUGACUUCUUCCUCGCUACGUCCAAGACGCUCAACUACAUUGAUUCUCCCCUUGUCGGACCUUAUUUCGGAGUCUUCAUGGUUGCUUGGAUCUAUCUGCGUCACUUCCUCAACUUGAAGAUCAUUUGGUCCCUUCUCACCGAAUUCGAGACCGUUGGCCCCUUUGAGCUCAACUGGGAGACUCAGCAAUACAAGUGCCGUAUCGCACAGGUCAUCACCUUCGCACUCCUCUCGUCCCUUCAGGCCUUGAACUUGUUCUGGCUCUUCUGCAUUGCUCGAAUUGCUUGGCGAUUCCUCAGCCAGAACGAUCUCCAGGAUGAUCGAUCUGAGGAUGAGGACGAUGAUGUCGAGGAAGAGGAAGAGAUGCCUGCCUCUGCCCUCAAGACCAACGGCAAGGCAAAUGGCUUCGCCAACGGACAUACCAAUGGUCAUGCCAUCAGCAAGAUCCCUGAAGAUGCAAAGAACUAG